AAGACCACAAAUCUUUGGACAAGUAAAGAAGUUCAUGAAUCAUGAAUAUAAAAACUUUAUGGAGACUCUUUCUUAGGAUCAAAGGCCAAUAAACAUAAAUGAGUGGUAAAACACAUUCUUGAUAUCACCUUUAAUGUUGCAGUUCCUGUCUCAUGCUAAUUUUGUAAUUGCUAUUUACCUCCAUCUCAUGUUUUUAUGCACAGUCCAAACUUCAAAUUGUUUGUUAAAAAGGGCAUGCUUGAAUAUGUGAUUAAAGAAAUAAGAAAAACUACAAAUUCAUCAGAUAAUAUAUUCUCAAAAAAAUCACAAAAAAUAAAAUGAUACAAUUUUAUUGCGUUACUUACUGUUACCAGGUUCUGGUACUGGUAAUUUGAGGAAACUCAACUCACUAAUGUCUUGUCGCAAAGGUUUUGGUACUUCUGUUCUAUUUAGAUAGAAAUGUCACCAAUGUUUAAUGAGAAAGUUAGGAGAUUCUUUAAUGGGUCUGGGUGUGUAAUCCUGUGCACACUUCUGGAUGUGUGUGAAACCAAUUAAUUGGCAAUUUCUAAAGCUUCUUGUUUUUUCAUGUCUUGUGAGUGUGUCAUGUGUCUCAGGGUAGCAUCAUUAAAUUCAUCUCAAAAUUGCUCUAGAUUGAGUUCCAUUUUACUUGUUAUAUGGCAGAUAAAUAAAUUACGAAUUGAGUCAGCAGAUCCUACAGAAGAUGCUCCUGAAAUGCAUCAUGUGGAAGGGGCAUUUGUUGAAACAUUAUUACCAAAGGCUAAAUCUCCAUCUCAAGAUGCUUUACUAAAACUGGAAACAGAGCAAACUUUCACUGAACUAUCUCAAGAGAGCUCCAUGUUUGUUUUUAAGCUGGGUUUAGUUAAGCUCCAAUGCUGCCUCUUGAUGAAUGGGCUUGUUGUUGAUGCUAAUGAGAUUUCUGUCAGCAUGUCGUAUAUGCUCUUACAAGAGAUAUGGGUUCUUAAGUUGGAUUCUUCAUGAUCUCCCAUGACCAUUAGCACAAGAAUGACAUAUUUAGUUUAGAAGGCAAAGUUGAUUAUUCUUCUUUGUAACUUUACAUAUGAUUGGCUACUUUUCUUCUCUUUUACUUUUGAUCCCUGGUUUUGUGACUCUCUUCCGGGUAAAUCAACCCUUUAGCCUUACUAGACUUCUGUCACUCCUAGUUUUCAAAAUUUGUAAAGUCUUACGUCUCAUGAACGAUGAAAGUGGAAGCUGAAAGUUUUAUUCAAUAAGUGAUUAUUAACUUUAUAAAAUUGAUGCAUUCUCCUUGGGGCAACAGAAACACCAUUAUUAACUUUCAUGUUUUCAACCUCUGUGCUAAUUUUUUUUUUUUGACUGGUAAUGUUGUCACAAAAGGGUAGUGAUGAGGUUGCAAACACUCUUAUACUGCCAGCUUUCUUCUAGUAUUUGAGGUCCUUUUUCCUGUUUGGUAUGUAAGUGAUUUAUGCUUUUUAUUUUCCCCAGUU